AUGAUAAAUACCAUCUCAAAUAUCAUAUGUUGCGGUCUUAACUAAGAUCAAAACACAUAAUCCUAUCCAUCCCUAUCAUUAAUGCAGGAAAGUACAGAUCGAAGUCAAUCAAAGCAGCUAUAGUAUCUCUUGGCUAAUAAAAAACUAAAUCCAAAAGUAUCUGAUGAAACAGAUCUAUUCAUCCAAAACAUAUCAACAGAAGACUAAGAAACCUCACUAUCUUAAGUUUAAAAUGAACCUCUCAGAUAAAGACUUGCUACAAAUGAUUUUUAUGAAAAAUAUUGUAUUAGCUAAUCGAUUGACUCUGGACAAUCAGUUUUACCAUCUCUCAAAUGCCUUUCUUCUAAAGAGAGUCAAAAAUAGUCUCCCAGGGCAAUGGUUUAAUAAAAAUCUUAUGUCCUUCAAUACGAGAUCGUUCCUUUUGCUAAAAGAGAAGUACCCACUAGCAAUGUCUGCAGCAAUGAACAGAGUAUAGAUUUCAGCGAUCGUUCAUAAGUUUAUGAAUUCUUGCUUAAUGAAUAACGAGAAUUGUAGCUUUUAUUGAAUUCUAAUGAACAUUCUACGAAUAUGCUCAACCAAUCCUCUAGGAAUCUUAUGUCUACAAAUGAUGACCCUGUAAAAAAGUUUUUAGAAUUAAGUAUGACUCCUUCACAAUUUAGAACUCCUGUAAGUAAGAAGAAAUCUUCCUUCGUUUAUACUUAACUGCAAAAAGUAAUAAAGCAAAAUAAGUCGAAAAAAUCACAAAUCUCAACACCAUAAAAUGAUAGAAUUGUGAAAACAAGACAAGAACAAAUUGGAUUGGCAACUUUAGGCUAUAAAAAUUUGCUCUCUGGAAAACUGUAUAAUCCUAAUGGAGGUACCCCACUUAUUAUGUAAUAAAAGUAAAAGAAGUAGAAAAAGCAGUCUAGAAAUGAGAUGCCUGAGAGUCUAAGUGUCCAAAGUACUCUUAAUAGUAUGAAGAAUGGAUACUCUAAUAGGAAUGAGUCAACAAAUCAUAGUUCUAAGGAUUUUACAGCAAUUAAAAACAAAGUUGCAGUGAAAUUAUUCAAAUAGUGA